AUGUCAGCCGAGGCGACAUCCUCUCACAUCGCACCAGGAGGCGCUACCUCAGGACUGACCAUCAAUCUUCACCCUCUUCCUAUUCUCAACGUAUCGGAUCACUUCAAUCGAUCUCGUCUCACCUCGUCAGGAUCUACGAGAUUCAUCGGUGCACUCCUCGGUACGGAAAGCAAUCGAGAAAUCUCCAUAGUCAACUCUUUCGAGUUGGUCAUUGGAUCUCCAAAUGGUGAUGUAGAUAUGGGAGAGAGUAGUACUUCUGCUGCCCAGAGCAGUAAUAGUACAUCUCUGAAUACUACAUUUUUUGAAACUCGAAAAGAUCAAUUCAAACAGGUCUUUCCGACCCUCGACGUGGUAGGAUGGUACACUUUCGGGGAGGAACCGACCGCGGAGGAUGUCACUCUUCAUCAACAGUUCACAGAUAUCAUCGAUACACCUAUCUUCCUUCUCUUCAACCCAAAACAUCCUCCAUCCUCUCAAACUCUACCUGUCACCAUCUACGAAGCUGCACUUGCAGAAGGAGGGAAGGAUGAUUCCACAGAUGGGAAAUUCGUGGAACUCGCUUACGGUAUUGAGACUGGAGAAGCGGAGAGGAUAGCCGUGGACGGUGUAUCAAGGGGAGGUAUGGGUGGAGAAGGAGAAGAAAGUACAGUGGUUGCAAAUUUGACAACUCAACGUAAUGCCAUAAGGAUGUUGUAUGAGCGAGUGGCCGUUCUAUUACAGUAUAUUACAGGUGUCCUAAAUAAAACUGCCAAACCCGACCAUGACAUCCUUCGUCAAGUGUCCGCUUUGGUAGCAACCCUGCCCACCAUGGAUGCUAAAGAAUUCCGUGACGAGCUUACCACGGAAUAUGACGAUGUGCAGCUUACUGCUUAUCUCACAACAUUGACUAAGCAGCUUAGCGCUCUUAGCGAUUACGCCGACAAACACAAUCUUCUUCACCCUCCACCCAGUGAUGAUUUCGGAGGAUCUCAUGGUGGAUCGCGAGGCGGUAGGGGUUAUGGUGGAUUUGACUAUGUGGGAGGUGGUGGUGGACGGAGAAGAAGGUAA